AUUAAACAGUUAUUUUAAAUAAUAUUUAAAAAGAUUAUCAGCGUUUUGAUAGUUAUUCAAAAUUAAACUCCAAUCCAUUAUUUACCAUAUUAACGUAAAUAGUUUCACAAUGGCAGACUCGGUAAUACAGAAACAAGAUGCAGAUCAAACUGAGAAAAAAGUACCUAUUCAAACAUCUCAACCAGCAAAGCCAAAGCCUAAGAAAGCGCCUGAAAUUCCUACAUUUGAAAGACGCAACUGGCUAAUACAUCUUCAUUAUGUAAGAAAGGAAUUUGAUACAUGCAAAGCAUUGAUACGUGAGCAACUAGCAGACACUGGAGGCAUGUGUGAAUAUGCUUUAUAUGUUCAAGCUUUGAUAAUGAGACAAGAAGGAAAGAUCCAAGAGUCACUUGACAUUUUCCAAACUUGUACAGCUAUAAACAUGCAGAACCCAGAAAAUCUCAAACAAGUUGCUAGGUCACUGUUUUUACUUGCUAGACAUAAAGCUGCUAUUGAUGUAUACAAUCAGGCUGCAACUAUAAGUGAAAAAGAUUGGGAAAUUUACCACAACUUGGGUGUUUGUUAUAUGUAUCUGAGAGAAUAUACAAAGGCUAAAGAUUGUCUAAAGCAGGCAUUGAGUCUACGUCGCCAUGAAGUGACCUAUGUCAUGUUAGGUAAAAUCUACCUGUUGGAGAGGGACAUCAAUGCUGCUAUAGACACUUACAGGAGUGCUGUUGAGUACUCCCCAGAAAACCCAGACCUUCUAACAACACUUGGACUUCUAUAUAUGCAGAUUAAUCAGUUCCAGAAAGCUUUUGAGAACCUUGGAAAUGCCAUGACCUUUGACCCUAGUCACAUCAAAGCUAUAAUGGCAGCUGGCAGCAUGAUGCAGAACCACGCUGACUAUGAUGUGGCUAUCACAAAAUAUAGAAUAGCCGCUGCUAAUAUUCCUGAGUCCCCACCCCUAUGGAACAAUAUUGGAAUGUGUUUCUUUGGAAAGAAGAAAUAUGUAGCAGCCAUCAGCUGUCUAAAGAGAGCAAACUAUUUGUCACCGUUUGACUGGAAGAUUUUGUACAACCUGGGCUUAGUUCACCUCACCAUGCAGCAGUACGCUUCUUCCUUCCAUUUCAUUUCUGCUGCAAUAAACCUCAAGCCUGACCUAGCUCAGCUAUACAUGCUUUUAGCUGUAUCUUUGACUCAUCUGGAUGAUGCAGAAGAUGCAACACAAGCUUAUGAACAUGCUCUUAAAAUUGAUGAUAAAGACCCAGCUAUACUGGUGAAUUAUGCAGUUUUACUAUUUAACAAGGGAGACAGACGAAAAGCUAGUCAUUUACUGACACAGUUUGAUGCUCUUGUUACUCUGAAUAGAAGCUCUGGUAAAGAAACAGAUCCUGAGCUGAUUGAGUUGGCAUCUAAGUUAGGACCAGCCAUCCACAUCGGUAAAGUAAAGGAGGACACUGGGUUAAGUGAAGCUUCAGGAGGUGAUAACAUUUACAGCGUGGUCAACAAACCUAAACACAAUCCAUCUCAAUCAAAACAAGAAAAGCUGGAGCAGAUAUCUCCUGGCAUGCAUCACACGUUACCACUGGAUGAAGAACCAGAUGUUAUGAGUGAAUCAUCUUUAACUAAUUUAUCCAGCUCUGGCAUCAAUACUAUAAAUGGCAGACCAUUAUCAUCUCCCUUAGACUUUACUGAUUCAAAGCUACCUCCCUUAGGUGCUGAGAAACCUGCAUCUCUCCCUGGACUGAAGGCAGGUAGGCUGCCGAGUAUAGACCAAGCUCCUUUACCUCCAAGUCAUCUACCAGAAGAUGAUGAUGAUGACAUUCUUGAAGAUGUACAAGGGACACAACCAAGAAAAAAUGGGAUCAAACACCCUCCACUUGCCAACUAAAAGAAAUAGAUACAUUAUUUUAUUAGUCUUUUGAAGGAUCAUAGCCAAGCAUAUGUAGAUUUUAAAAAUAGGUAUGGCUUUUCUAUUAAACUUGCACACUUCAAAAUAGUUUCAAAUUUUUAAGUAUUACAACUAGUUAUACAUGUGGUAUCAUUUUAAUAGUUUUUCUUGAGUAUUAAUUUCAUUUUAAUUAAAAGGUUGUUAUCAGUUUAUGUUAAAGAUAGUUAAAGGUUUAAAGAGCAAAUAAUUAAGUUCCUGUUUGUGAUAUGUCAUUACAUAAAAGUUAUUGUAAUUUCUUUUUAACUUUUUAAAAUAUUUUAUUGUUUUUAUAAAAUGUACUUGUUGCAAUCGCUGUUUAAUUUAAUAAAUGUCCUUAAAGUAAUGUGCAUCAUGUGCUUAAUUUAAAGCUUUCUUCGUUAUGCUGUUUCUUUUACUGACUUUUAAAAAAAACUAGUGAACACAUAAACAUCCAUAUAAACAUAUCAAUAAAUAUCAACUAUUAAACUAAAUUCUGCCCAGUGAACAAUUAAUUGCACACAACUCUCAGCUAAUUUGCUAGAAAAGUUUGGAGUUGUACAACAGGUGGUCGUUUGCUAGAGCCAGCCAAAACCUUAUACAUACUGCCAAAAACUCAGAUAAAAAGGAACAUUUUUUUUUCUUCUUCUGUAAUAUAUUGGGUAAAAAAACAGCAGUAUUUAAAAGGUUUUUUUUUUACCAGAGCUAUCGGCAAUAGAUCUGGACUAAUUUCUGUACACAACACUAAAUCAAGGAAGAUUAUUUUAAAAUGUAUCACUAAUGAUCGUCAAAUGCAAUUUCCUCUAUAAAAAUUGUAAAAUUUGCAAGGCACAGCUUGUACUAAUGAUUAUGAAAACUUUAUUUUUAAGUGGUUUCAAAGUUAACCAAAGAAAUAAUAAGGAUAUGGGGUGUUGUGGUUGAGUCAUGAUCACUUGCCCAAUAAGUCUCAAACUAGGCUCUUUGUCUCUAAUGAUAAAGACCUGACUCGGGUAAGGGAGGGUAAAAAGCAGCUGGGCAUAAUGCCGAUCACACUCAUGUCAUUUCUCGAAUCUUUGGCUUAUCUAAUAUGGCAUAUUUAGUACUAAUCCAGAUCAUGCCUAAGUAAAUAUUUUAAUAAUUUGAAUUCUCAUUUUAAA